AUGGAGGUGAAGAUCAGAGUACAAGCUAGCUUGGGAAUCACAAAGGUAGGAGGCGUGGGCAAGUAUUUAGGCCUGCCUGAACACUUCGGGAGGCGAAAGAAAGACCUCUUUACUUCAAUUGUGGACAGCAUUCGACAAAGAGCCGCGAGUUGGAGCUCCAAGAAGUUAUCUAGUGCUGGAAAACUAGUCAUGCUCAAGUCGGUGUUAUCAGUCAAACCAACAUAUGCCAUGACCUGUUUCAAACUCCCUCUCAGUCUCAUCAAGCGAAUCCAAUCAGCGCUAACAAGAUUCUGGUGGGAUGCUAAUCCCGAUGAGCGGAAAAUGUGUUGGGUUGCUUUCUCGGAGCUGGCUAAAUCAAAGGGAGAAGGGGGACUAGGUCUCCGCGAUAUAGAGAUGUUUAAUGUGGCUUUACUAGCAAAACAAAGCUGGAGAAUUGCCACAAACCCUGAGUGCCUGCUCUCAAGGGUCUUACUUGGGAAAUACUGCAAUCAUCAACCAUUGUUCAGUGUCUCAGCUUCAUCCUCAAUAUCACACGGUUGGCGAAGCAUCCUCUGCGGUAGAGACCUCCUCCUAGCAAAUACUGGGAAAGCGAUCGGGGAUUGCAGAGACACUUCGUUAUGGGAGGAACCGUGGCUCUCUUCAGAAACGCCAACCCGUCCAAUGGGACCGCCAACGGAUGAGACUAAGCAUUGGCGGGUCUCAGAUCUUAUUAGUAGGGAGUCGGGAGAGUGGAACAAAGCGUUAAUAGAGCGCACCUUGCCUCAUGCUGUCAAGGAGAUCCUCAGCAUAAAACCAAGCAAAUUAGGCAAGCCUGAUGCUCUGGUAUGGCUUCCAACAAAAUAUGGGACAUACAACACGAAAACCGGUUACUACACCGCCCUAUCAAUGAAGGAGACAACCCACUUGCGGCCUGCACCACCACAACCUUGCAAUUGGAACGCCGAUAUCUGGAGGGGAUUAUUUUCACCAAAACUAAGAGUUUUCCUAUGGAAAAUUGUUAAGGGAGCGUUGCCACUGGGAGAGAACUUAGAAAAGAGAAGUAUUCUAACCACCUCUAAGUGUAUUCACUGUGGACUGCGAGAGACAGCAUCACAUAUGUUCCUACAUUGUCGGUUUGCAACAAGAGUUUGGGCGAUGGCACCACUGCUACAUCCGGAACUCAUCACCUCUACACCAGACUUUGAAACGGCCCUCAAAAACUCAAAGAAGAUCACUAAUCUCCCACCGUCAGGAUUGGCGUCUGGCCCUCUAGCAGUCACUCCGGAGGAAACACUGACACGAGCAAUAAAACUAGCGCGGGAAUGGCAAGAAGCUCAAUGUCAGGUACAAUCGCAGACUACAACUACUCCUCCACUGAAUGUAGUCCACCCUAUCGAGAUCACUUCUCGGAACAACUCUGGUGGAACUACCAUUUGCACGGAUGCGGCGUGGAAAGAAGAAUCAAAUAGAGCAGGCCUUGGCUGGAUCUUCACAGACCAUGCAGGCGAUACCAUUACGUCGGAAAGUAGAUCGGAAACUUUUGUUCCUUCCCCCCUCAUGGCUGAGAGCCUGGCCAUUCGUGAAGCUUUGCUUCAUGCGCGCCAAAUGGGCAUCUCCACCUUGAAAGUGAAAUCGGACGCUCAGACUCUAGUCAGAGCUAUCAACGACAGGAAACUUCUUAAAGAAAUGUUUGGAAUAUUUCAUGAUAUUCUCAAAUUGUCUCUACAGUUCCAUGUGAUCUCCUUUGUUUUUAUUCCUCGCUCAGACAACAUAGCUGCUGAUGCCCUUGCUAAGGAGGCUCUGCUUGCUUCUGAUAUUACUCUGCUAUCUGUGUAA